GCUGGGAGGGAAAGUGCACAGACCGAGCCCACGAAUCUCCAAACAUCCCUCUUCCUCUCAUCAUGCCGGACUCCUUCUCAUCAUCCUGUCCUGGCUCUGGCACUGAGACGAUGUAGUGGAGGCAAGAAGCAGAGGGAAUCUCCACGGGCGGAGAGAGAUGUGGGGAUGCACGGACACGGUUAUGGGUGACUGAUGCCCUGUUUUUUUGCAGAAGGAGCAAAAUGAGGACGGAUUUACGGACAGAAAAGUGGGAAUAAGUGAGUUUCUGGGCCACCCAGGAUGGACACUGCGGAGGUAAUCCUCUCUGUGUUGGUGGUUGUGAUCAUUAUAGUGUCGUUGCUGUCCAACGUCCUGGUGCUGGUCUGCUUUCUGUACAACCCGGAGAUCCGCAAGCAGGUGCCGGGUCUCUUCAACCUGAACCUCACCUUCUGCAACUUGUUGCUGACGGUGUCCAACAUGCCGCUCACUCUGGUGGGACUCGUCAGCAACGCGCAGCCGGGGGGAGACGGCUUCUGCCGCACCGUGGGAUUCCUGGAGACCUUCCUGUCCACCAACUCGAUGCUGAGCAUGGCAGCGCUGAGCAUCGACCGGUGGAUCGCGGUGGUGUUCCCGCUGAGGUACCACUCCAAGAUGCGCCACAAGGACGCGGCUUUCGUGCUCGGCUACACGUGGGCGCACUCCAUGUCCUUCUCCACGGUGGCCGCGUGCCUCUCCUGGGUGGGAUACCACCGGCUCUACGCGUCCUGCACCCUGUCCAACCCCAGGGCGAGCAGCCGGACCCAGUUUGUCAUCUUCACCGUCUUUUUCCACUCCUUCACCUUCCUGCUGUCUUUAAUAGUUCUGUGUGUCACAUACCUCAAAGUGCUGAAAGUGGCGAGGUUUCACUGCAAGAGGAUCGACGUUAUCACAAUGCAAACUUUAGUGCUGCUGGUGGACAUACAUCCCAGCGUUCGCCAGCGUUGCCUGGAGGAGCAGAGGAGGCGACGGCAGAGAGCUACGAGGAAGAUCAGCACCUUCAUUGGCACCUUCAUGCUCUGCUUCGCUCCCUAUGUGAUCACAAGGAUCGUGGAGUUAUUUCCAGCAGUGCCUAUCAACCCUCACUGGGGAAUUGUCUCCAAGUGCUUAGCUUAUAGCAAGGCGGCCUGCGACCCCUUCGUGUACUCCCUGCUCCGACACCAGUACAAGAAGACGUGCAGCGACAUCGUCAACAGGCUGCUGAAGCGUAGUUCCCUGAACACGUCCGGCCGCGGCCACCAGACCCAUGGCAACAGCAUACCGACCGCGGAGUGACGGACAGCGGGGGGGACUGACAGGGCUGUGUCCCGGGGGUUGACUUGGCCACUGUCGGGGAAAGCUGAUUUAUCGCCGAUGAAGAAGAGGACAAAUUAGUUCUCCCUGUCUGCUUGAAUUUGGAAUGACAUGCCAGAAAAAGAGUGACUAAAGACAAGGGCACAUCCCGGCACAGGAAUACCACUGUGCUUGCAUAC